UCCGAGUAGCGACAGUAUUUAUUAGCUCGGCAGACUACCAAGUUAUCGUGACUUGAGCUGCACGGUCAGUAACACACAUACACACACACACGUACGUGAGUCUGUUUCAGCAUUUCUCGAGAGAACGUAAAGUGUGCUAGUGUGUGUGUGUGUGUGUGUGUGUGUGUGAUGUUUAUACGUGAAUGUUUGUGUGUGCCAUCAUGAUUGGAAAACCUGCGUAUUAAUUGAAUAUAGUUUGGGCAUUUCCAUUAGCCAGUACCUCUUAUUCGCACCAACUUUUUUCAUCACCAACGUGUUAUCACGCGUUGUGCUGCUCCCAUCUGUGUUGGUUUUAAAACAGUCGUGUGCUCAGUUUUGUCGUGCAAUCAAGUGGAGGUAAAAACCCAACCUUUUUUCUUUGAAGAAGAAAGAAAAGGAAAAAUCUAAGUGGUGCCAGGGCGGGAGAACGACGAAAGAAAAGGUGAUCUCAGCCCGAGGCUAUGUGACAUUCCAAUCAACCUGUUGGUUGCUGGAACCCGUUUUUUUUUUUACUCCAUUGCUCCCACCUGAUUGCACACACACACACACCAACCACACAGACUAUUCCAACGAAAAAGGGCCAGUUUUGUGUGUGUGCGAAUUCCACUGCCAUCCAAAAGUCAAACUUCGCCAUAAUUGUGAUUGUGUUUUUCAUAAAAUUUUGGAUCCAAGCUCCAUCAUGGAUGAUGGUAAUGGUCAGGUGACCUUUAUGUUCCAAGUUGGACUGGUACGAGACUUUAUCUCCACGGAUGCCUCCCAGUUAACGCUGAAAACGCUCAAAGAUUUGGCCUGCAACUUUAUUAAUCAACGGUUCUUGGAUCAUGGCAUACCACGACUCAACGAGUGCGUCAACCUCUUUCGUCACGACAAUACCAAACCCAACAUUUUGCAGCUCAUCAACUCUGCCUCGGAGAUCACCGACGAUACACUCGUCGAGAUUGUCCUUUCGGGUAAAUUGGAAAUGUCUCAUGCACGACCGUUUUUAUUUUUAUGUAUUCACUCUCUUUUAAUCAUUUCAUAUGCAGCCAACAUUCCCCAAGAUGGCGUGCAAAUCCGUCCGCACCAACUGAACGUGCACUCGUACAAGUCGCCUGCCUUUUGCGACUUUUGCGGCGAGAUGCUCUUCGGCCUUGUCCGCCAAGGAUUGAAAUGCGAAUUUUGCGGCUUGAGCUUCCAUAAAAGAUGCGUCUACAAAAUCCCAAACAACUGUUCGUACACUCGGAGCCGGCGGUCGUCAUCGUCGUUGACGCCGUCGCUAUUGACGCCGUCACUUUUGCCGCCACCAUCCAAUGUUCUGCCUCGCAGCCCGUCCGACUCCAUGUCCUGCAGUGAUGAAUCCAUUACAGUUAGCGUCAUGCGCAGCGUGAGCAACAGCCCGUCGAGCGGCAGCACCAGUCCGAGUAUUCAAAAACAUGGCCGGCCUUCCAUUAGCGCCGGACGUCCUUUUUGGAUCGAGAAGGAAAUGGCGGGUCGCAUCAAGAUCCCGCACACAUUUGUCGUCCACUCGUACACGAAGCCGACCGUGUGCCACUUUUGUCGUAAGCUCCUGAAAGGACUCUUUAAGCAAGGUCUCCAAUGCCGCGAUUGUCGCUUCAACGUCCAUCGCAAAUGCAAGGACAACAUUCCCAACACGUGCACGGGCGAAGCCCCCAAGGAGCCAGGAGUGGAGACAGACACGGAAGGAACGGACGAGCAAUUGGCUCCUAUGGCGGACGGAGUGGACGAAGACAGCGAUGACGACAUCUCCAUUACACACAGUCACAACAUGCCCGAUGAUUGUAUCCCCGAAGUGGCUGAUGACAUCACGAUCAAAAUUCGACCCAGCAGUCCUACAAUGAGCAGCAACAUCCCGCUAAUGCGCAUUGUUCAAUCGGUGAAGCACACCAAAAGGAGGGGCUCCAACGUUCUCAAGGAGGGCUGGAUGAUUCAUUACACCAACAAGGAUCCUUCCAGACGGAGACAUUUCUGGCGGCUGGACACCAAGUCCAUUACUUUGUACCAAAACGAAACGGGCAAACAUUUUUAUAAGGAGCUGCCAUUAUCAGAAAUAUUGGCCGUCGAGACCGCCAAAGAUCGCAUGCAUUGUUUCGAGUUGAGGACGGCCAAUGUGGACUAUUACAUCGGCGAGGAUCCCCAUUUCGGACAGAAAGAGAAUGGCAACGGAGCCUCUGCACUUCCGCAGGCACUUGAAACCGGCCUUGGGGUUCAUUUGGCCAAAUCAUGGGAAACGGCCAUCCGUCAGGCUUUAUUACCCUUGACAAAUAACUCGCAAGGAGCUACUGCGUCACCGUCUCCCCUGACAAAACCAGCUGCAGGGGAUAGUAAUAGUGACAGAGAACAAGAAAUCGGUUCGGAUAUCGGACAAGUGUAUCAAAUCUUUCCCGAUGAAGUGCUAGGAUCUGGCCAGUUUGGUGUCGUCUACGGAGGAGCACAUCGCAAGACAAACAGACCGGUGGCCAUCAAAGUUAUUGACAAAAUGCGCUUUCCAACUAAACAAGCGGAUCAGCUCAAGAACGAGGUCUGCAUCCUGCAGAAUUUGUCGCACCCGGGCGUGGUCAAUUUGGAGCGCAUGUUUGAAACCCCCGAGCGUAUUUUUGUCGUCAUGGAGAAACUUAAAGGCGACAUGUUGGAGAUGAUUCUCUCGAGUGAAAAGGGAAGGCUGUCUGAGCGCAUCACAAAGUUCCUCGUUACCCAGAUUCUCGUUGCGCUGAAGCACUUGCACAGCAAGAACAUUGUUCACUGCGACCUGAAACCGGAGAAUGUUCUCCUUUCAACCAAUGCCGAAUUCCCGCAGGUUAAACUGUGUGACUUUGGUUUCGCUCGUAUUAUUGGAGAAAAAUCUUUCCGACGAUCUGUGGUUGGAACGCCCGCUUAUCUUGCUCCAGAGGUGUUGCGCAACAAGGGCUACAAUCGAUCGCUGGACAUGUGGAGUGUUGGCGUUAUUGUCUACGUAAGUCUAAGUGGCACAUUCCCUUUCAACGAAGACGAAGACAUCAACGACCAAAUCCAAAAUGCAGCCUUCAUGUACCCGCCUAGUCCUUGGAAGGAAAUCUCUUCUGACGCCAUCGACUUGAUAGCCAAUGUGCUGCAAGUGAAACAGCGAAAGCGCUACACUGUUGACAAGUCGCUCAACCACAUUUGGUUGCAGGAUUAUCAAACGUGGUGUGACUUACGUGAACUCGAGCGCCAAAUCGGCAUCCGCUACGCCACCCAUGAAUCAGAUGACGCCCGCUGGGAGGCUUAUAGAAGAGAGCAUGUUUUGGAUAACGGCGAAAAUUUUAACGCUGCCUACGGUAGACUUCGGCUUUAGAGUAAAUGGCCAACGAAAAGAAAAGAAACAUAACGGGAUAGACAAUAAUAGCAUGAAGAGAAGGUAGGGAGGGGGGAGUAGGUAGGGCGGUGUCUCUCUUUUUCUGUGGUUGUUUUAAUUACAACGGUGGCCUUUUCCGUCGCGCUUAUUCGCUGUUACGCCCAAUUCUUUUGCUCUCCUCCCCACGUUUAAGAGAAAAGAGAAAACAAAACAAAA